AUGCACCGAUAUCACCACAGUCGGUGCGGUACGGGUUCGCCCCAACCCAUGUCGCGACCGACACCUCCUCUCUCGAGGCAAGAGAGUGUCGAGUCCACUCGACAAAUCGCCCUUUCCUCAUUCUUGCAGGAAAAGCUACAGAAGGAACGCAGGGCUGAAAGUGAGAAGCUUAAUCAGUCACAAUCAUCUCUGCCCAGAUCAAAUCCGGACAUGAGUGUAUCAGCUGAUCUCAGGCGAACACCGAGUUCCCCUUUCAAGACAAGCAUGGAGGGAAACAGGCCACAAUCAAGCGCUGGCACUGAUCAGGGCAAGAAGAAAGGUCUGGGUGUCAAGGAAAUGGAAAAGGUGAUAUCAAACUUGCAUAAGCAAAAUUUCGACUUGAAACUCGAGCUUUACCACAGGCGCGAGAGGCAGACUACACUAGAGGAGCGCGUCGACGCUAUGGAAAGCGAUAGACAGCGCAUGGAGGAAGUCAACGACAAAUUACUGAUUGAGCUAGAGAAGCGUGACAAAGCUGUCGAGGAGGCGGUUGCGAUGAUUGUCACUUUGGAGGCAAAAGUGGACCAGUUGUUUCGUGAGCGAGCUAUGGUGCACCGAAUUGAGAAUGAAGGCUUCUUUUGCCCCCGCGAUUAUGACAACAUGGGCUACAAGACUCCUGUCCCCCAUAGUACAGGGCCAGACACUAUGAGGAUGGAAGAGGAUGCCAAGGUUGUCAAUCGCAUGCCCAGCUUCUUGUCUGACCAUAGUGAGACGACGCAAAAUCUUCGCAACGUGUAUCUGGGGACCCAAGCUAGCAUGCUGAGUUUGACGAGGGUGACUGAAGGCUCUCCGGAAACUGAUAAUGUGCAAGCAUUGGGGAGCCCGACCCUCAGUGUGCUGAGCGAGAGCUCUUUUGUGAGUGUUUAUGGCCGAAAGGACAAGGUCAUGGACGCCAGCCAGAUCGCUGCUGAUGUUGAUGAGACUUUGGUUCUAGAUGGCGCGGACUCAAGUUAUACCAAGGAAAGGAAUGGCAAGCAACCAUCGCGCAACCACUGUCGAUCGGUGUCAUCGAGUAAGACAGCAGACUCCCGAGCUAGUUCUACAGGACACUUCCAAUCCAUUACAGAUGUUAUCGCCGGCUCACCUCUGCAACGCCUGGAACAACUCGACACGUCGUAUGGACCUAAUAGGGAAUCAGGCCAUCACCCUCGAAGUCAAAUAAAAGAUUAUUCAAAAGGCCAGCUGCUGCCUGACAAGAAACCAUUUGGUCUUGGAAGUAUUAAGCAAGAUAAACACGAUGCUCUGCGUAGAGUAACAACUGACGGACAAGGCGGCGUACGACUGCAUGAUCAAGCGCUCCCUCCCACGCCGGAUACGACGUCGAGCUCGAUGCUCCGCAGGUUCAAGGACUCCAAUGACACACUCUCACAACAGGACCUGAACGAAGAGAACAGCAAUGGAGUUGUAUUAAAUCACCUUGGUUCUCAAGGCGGCAGCCAGCACAAUCAUCAGUUGGCAGCAGUACCGAACGAGCUCCCCGAAGAAGCAGACAGUUGGGCUUCGCCUAGUAAACGAGCUAUUGACUUGCUUUUCGAACACCGAGGGCCUCCUAUUCCUCGCCCACGAUCUGCAGACGAAUCCACUGCAUCUCAUAGGAGAGGCAAAGGCUGGGAUAGCGACGAUGACGAUUCGGAUGCACACUCGCUUCAAUCGAGUCUUGAUAUCUGGAUGCGCGAGAGCGCACAACCUUCGAGAAAUAGAAGCCGUGCAUCGCCAGAUCUAUUUAGUUUCCCGACGGGCUCAUCGAAGGGAGGCUGGGCAAUGUCAUCCACUUUCAAACAAAACAGUGAACUGGCUGAAAAUGCGCCACUGCCCCCAGGAUUUGACUAUAUGCGCGAUCUUUUCUCUGUGAGACAAGGCCUUUUUGCCGGUACUGCACCACCACCACCCAAUAGAAGGUCUAGCCUACAUGCACAAACUGGGUCAACACCAGAACCAGCGACAUCACAAGGGGCAAAUAAUCAAGGGGUUGAUCAGGGUCCUCCUUCGACCGCACGUCGUCGAAGCUGCCACAGCAGGCAGAAUAGCGUAGACUUGGGAAAGAGAGAUGAUAUGAGAACACCGGUUCAGAGAGACCAAUUUGCAUCGCCGCCUCAACCUAAUAGCGACCAGAAACCGAAGCAUUAUCCUCCAAUUGCGGGACAGCAGCAUGGAGCUCGAACUGGCCUCAACAGACUUUUCCGACGAUCUACCAGUGCUGCCCCUCCUGGACCAAGCUCUGAACAAUCCAACCCUGUGGAAACAGCCGUCUCUGAACAAUCCAAGAGCUUUCCUACUAUAGGCAUCCCAUCGUGGGCAAGUCGACAUUCCGCGGUGGACGACGACAGGUCGGGGGCUACUCCGCCACCGAUUAUGCUCAACCCUCGUCAAGGUCGGCGGCACACAUUGGGGGCAGAAGGGGAGACAGAGAAGUCACCAGCACAGGAUCUCAGCCGCAGCAUGACGCCUGGUCCAACGCUUGCGGCCGCCGCCACAGCCAGUGCUCCAUCGACCGAUAUAGAAAACAGUCCAGCAGCGGCGGCGGCGGCGUCGUCGUCUUCGGGUCGAAGGAGAUGGUUGCCUGGCUUUGCACGCACAAAUAACUUGAAGAACAAGGCAGGUUAG